AUGGGAAAUGUGUCCAACACCUCGGUGUUUAUCUCCACCUUAUCGGAGAGAGAAGACCUGAUUUUUGGCACACUCUAUUUAGUCUUUGGCAUUGUGUCCCUCUCAGGGAACUCGCUGCUCCUGCUGGUGGCCUAUCAGAAGAGGUCCAUGCUGAAGCCUGCAGAGUUCUUCAUUGUCAACCUGGCCAUCAGUGACCUGAGCAUGACGGUGAUACUCUUCCCCUUGGCCACCUCGUCCUUCUUUGCACACAGGUGGCUGUUCAACCAGGCGGUGUGCACCCUCUACGCCUUCUGCGGGGUCUUGUUCGGGCUGUGCAGCCUCUCCAGCCUGACGGUGCUCAGCACGGUUUGCUGCCUGAAGGUCUGUUACCCAGCAUAUGGCAACAAGUUCUCACCCUGCCAUGCUGGAGUGCUGCUGCUGUGCGUCUGGGCAUACGCCCUGAUGUUUGCCACGGCCCCCUUGGCUGAGUGGGGCAGCUACGGCCCCGAGCCCUACGGGACAGCCUGCUGCAUCACGUGGAAAGCCUCGAGCAGGGAAGCCACGCUCUACAUCCUUGCCCUCUUCAUCUUCUGCUACCUUCUUCCCUGCCUCCUCAUCCUCGUCUCCUACUCACUGAUCCUCUGGACCGUGCGGGUGUCCCGGAGAGCUGUCAGGCAGCACACGUCCCCGCAGCGCAGAGCCCGCAGCGUGCACAGCCUGAUCGUGAAGCUGAGCAUUGCCGUGUGCUUGGGGUUUCUGGGUGCCUGGACCCCUUAUGCCAUCAUUGCCCUGUGGGCAGUCCUCGGCGAUGCCAGCCAGGUGCCAGCACUGGCCUUCGUGCUGUCAGCUGUCUUUGCCAAGUCCUCGACGCUCUACAACCCCCUGGUGUACCUGCUCUUCAAGCCCAACUUCCAGAAGUUUCUCUCCAAGGACAUGGUGCUCCUCCAGGCCAUCCGCACCCUCCUCUGCUGCGGCUGCCCGAGCGCUGCGCUCCAGCCCUUCCCGUCCCCGGGCUUUGGUGACCACCCCGGGGCUUGCAGAAACUGCAACGACACUUUUGAGUGUUUCAGCAACUACCCCAAGUGCUACAAACUCCCCCAGGCACCCGGCAGCUCGCCCCGGCACGCUCCCCUGGCUAUCCUGGCUGAUGGAGCUGCUUGCCAGCCGGGGCUGAAGAGGACGGUGCAGGUGAUGGUGCUUGUCACACGGAAAAAGUCAGGCCUGGGCGCUGCGAAUGUGGCGGGGGAAGCCCUGCCAUCAGAUUUCAUGAAAGACCUUCUCUGAGCCCAGCCAUGCCCGGCUGCAUCCUACCAGCGCACUGGAAGACAAACCCAAAUGCAACAUUUCUCUUGCCUAUGUAUCUGAUGGAUCCUCACCAUGUUCUGCAGAUGAAGUGACAUGAAAAUUUAAGACCAUUCUUGCCUCCCCAUCUGGUUUGGCUCUUGCAACUCUGAGCCUAGCCUUUUCACUUGCAAAAAAACCCCAAACAUAAUAGACCCCCAGUGCCUGAAAUCUGCCCAGGGUGCAAGGCCAGGGUGAAGUUUCUCCCGCGGCUUGCUCUCUGGGCCCUUGGCCUUCGUUUUUCCAUCCAGGUGCUCUGAUGACCAAGUAGAAACUUGGUUGUCUUAAGAAACUCUGCCUGGCAGGGAGGGCUGGGGGCCGGGAGGCCCCGGGAGGCGUCCCACCUCCAGCACCAGCUCCUACAGCCCCGCUGACCAUGUCCUUUCCUGCUGGGGAGCAGGACCAUGCCUCUCAGCUACCUCACUUGGGAUUAUGAAGCAUCUUUAUAUACCUCUCAAGAGACUACUCUCUGUGCAGGUUGGGCUACCCCACUCCCUUCACUUGAACGUAAACCCAGCACCAUCCUAUAGAUAGAAAUGGGAGCUUGUCUUUAGAGUAAGGAUUUGGGGUUAAAAUAAUCCCAGUGCAAGUAAUAGCAG